CCCGCCAAUUUUGCAGCGACCGCCCUCAUAAAAAUCUGUAGCUUCAGUGCAGAGAGGGAAAGCGAAGAGCUGGAAAAAUGGAGUUCAUCCUGAGCGGCAACGCGUCGCAGUUGCUUCUCUGUGUGCCCUGCCGAGCGAUGCUUCGUUUAGAUGGCUAUGAUACUGUGUUAGGCAUUGGCUCAUUUCGCUUUACCCAGCGUACGAUUGAGAAAUUCUGAGUCCUUGCACCGAUCGCCGAGUGCGUGGAGCUUUCGGGGGUGGAAUUGAGGAAGAAAUUUGUCGAGCUAGGUAGGGUUUGGCCCUGUCGACGGUGAUUAGAACUCGACGCGCAUAAAAAUCUUAAGUGAUUAAAAGAAUCUGAUGCUGUUGAUAAGGUGAUUCAAAGUCAUUAGAUCGUAAGACUGAGGCAAUUCGCUGCUGUAGCCAGGAGAACUAUCAGCGAUACUCUCGUCAAAUUGUCGAAUGGUGAAACCAUAGAAGAAAAGCCCUAUGGAUAACCUUCUACGGGUGCUGCUAUUAUGUAUCGCCAAUGCUUUGCUGGUUUGUCUAGUUAAUUUGAUGGUGUUGUAUGGGGUUUUGCUACACUCAAAAAGUGAAAGCAAGUUUUGCGCUUCCUAACAUAUCUCUUAGUAUAGAUCUGUGUACAAAUAUCACCUUCUCACUUGUAUAAAUCAGAUUAAGAUUCUCAUACUCGUAUUCGAUCUCUAGAUUUCCUUUCACGCACUCAAUUCAUCAAGAUCUGCCUAUCAAUUGAUUACCUUCAAGCCAGACCUCUUUGAUAUGUUUACAGUAUCUGGCGCACAGGUUCAAUGCAGCAUUCUUCUAAAGGCUCUUAGAAAACAUACUGGAUUUUUUGCAAUGUUGACCCCGACAUACAAUAAUUAUCUUUGGAUAGGAGAAGAUACCCAAGCAGAUUUGCGGUGAGGCCUCGUGAUCUGAACAGAAUGCUUGCAAAUUUUCAGUCAUUCCUUCAGGAAAUUACUAUCAUUGCAAUGGAAUGCAACUCCAAUCCUUCUGAUGCUGCAAGUGAAUUUGGCAGGACAGCUGUUGAGUUUCAAAGCUACGUUGAUCCUACCAAAGGUAGAGAUUAACUUUUUUCCUUUCAAUCAAAUAUGGAGAAGAAUAUCAAUAUCAUGGUUCAGAUUCUGGUUGCAGAGAACGACUCUUUGCUGCACACUCAGCUUUGGAUAGAUCCUGCGGAAGAGUUUGUGCAGUAUGCUCACAAUGGCAACCCAGCAGACGUGACUUUUGCUGUCAAAGAGUUGAAGGCAUUUCUUGCAUUCUGUGAGGGAUGUGAAAUGGACAUUCAUUUGUACUUUGAGAAGGCUGGCAAUUACAUGAAGGUAACACUGGACCUUCAGCAAAUGGAAUGCCAGGCCAGGCCGAUACUCGGGAAGCUUCUGGAGAACAUUUAAAGAGGAACAGAACAAGUGCUUCUGAGAUUCCAUCAAAUCACACCAGAAUAUGGUUUGACUCUCACGUGAGUGAUCCUUGUAGCACUAUCAUCUCUCAAUGAUGGCAAAGAAAUUGACUUUGCUUUGCUCUAAAAUGAAAUACUGUGUAUGCAGUUGGUGAGACACUUAAAGUCAAUGUGAAGGCAUAUCUUGGGAAUCAAAAUUUGAGUGGUUUACUAACUUUGGGCUGGAGGUGCUGCAAGCAGGGGCAGUUGUUCUGAUGGAAGUUCCAGAAGAAAGGAUCCUAAAAGCUGGUGAUCAGUUGGGAAUUGAAAGAAUAAGCACCCUUCAAAUAUCAAAAGCUGCAUCAGCUGAAGGAAACAUCCAAACUGGUCCAGAUUCUUCAUCUCUCAAUCUCGCUCAGUUUGUGUGUGUGUGUGAUGAACAUCAUCUUUAUCUCUUGAGGUCGGAUUAUUUUGCUGUCUCCUGCAAAUAUUUCUACAUAAAGUCGGUACUUUCUCAA